CCGUCAGACGCGUCACGUGACGUUUAUUUCCAAAAUGGCGAAAAACGUAGAAAAAGGAGAUGAAAUAACAAAACUAUUUUGCUAUUCUUAAUAGAUUACUGAUCACUUUAACGAUUUAAAUGUGGAAAUAUGAGCACUGAAAAUGUAAAAGCGAAACCUACGCGAAAGAAAAUUGAUACAUCAUGGGUUGACGCAGCGAAAAUAGUCCUUGAGAAACAUCCUCAAACUCCCAUGAGUUACAAGGAAAUAUUGAAAGAAAUCCAGCAAUAUAACCUCAAAGAUGCUAGUGAAGCUGUGCCUGUGGCUUGCUUGAAUUCAUGUUUACAUGCCAAUGCCAGAGGUCCUGCAAAUAUUUUCUACAAGGUGGCAGGUCAUAUAGGAAUGUAUGGUCUUAUGAGUGAUUUGCCAACUGGGUCAGAGAUUAUAGAGGUUGAGGAAGACACCACUGUGAAUGUAGGGGGGUCAGGUUAUACGGUCAUGGUCGGCGAUGGAACUGUAAAUAAUACAAAACAAAAAGUGAUUUAUGCAAAAGUAGCGGACACAGUGAAGACAAUACCACAGAUUGGUACUGGUGUGGAGCAUAAUGGUAUACCGGUACCAAAUGUACUCUCUGUCCCUACCCCCAGUAUACAGGUGUCGAAGAUUGACACACCCACGCGGAGAAGUGUCAGACAGGCUCAGAGAAAGAAAAGAAAACAUGGAUUUAUCCCAAAAAUAACCAUCAAACCGAUAGUUCCACCAAAAAAUGAAGAGGGUAAAUCAUCGAGCAGCACAACGCAAGUACGAUAUGUUGCUACAACCUCCAGACCUGUGUCUAAAAUACAGUUAAACAAUCAUAAAGACUCUAGUGGUGGUGUAAAGUUAAAUGUAGCCGGUACACAGUCUGGAUUGCGGAGACCGUCUAGUCAAACAGGGGUCAUUACCAAUGGUGAACCCAGGAAGAAAACACUGAGAGAGAUGUUAGCAGGCAUCCCUGGUUUUAGUAUGAAGCCAAGGAAGCGCACUAACAAGAAGUUAAGUCAUGCAGCACAGAUUGCCCAAACUAUGGAGGGAUGUAUAGACCUAGAAACACCAGACUCAAUACUGGUUAACACAAACCUUCGGGGUUUAUUGACAAAACACACCUUUAACUCUCUGCCGGCAAAUUAUCAAUACAAGUUGAUUACAUUGUUGCCAGAGUGUGAUAGAAUUGUUGGACAAGGACAGUGCCCUCAGGUUGAGCAGUACUGCUCUUAAUAAUGAGUUUUUUGCUAAAGCUUGUACAGAAUGGAGAGAAAGGCUGUCAGAAGGUGAGUUUACACCAGAAAGUCAGCAACGAUUGAAACAAGAGGAGGAGAAAGGAGCAAGUGAAGCUGGACCC